AUGUUGACUUGUGUGUGUCGACCGGUUUCGGGAAAUCUACCAAAAAUGCCGCCAUCCUCAGUUAGGCCCACAGCGAGGCAACGUUCGUUUCAUAACAACAACGGCAACAGUAUAUUCAUCAAUAGUGAUAGUAAUAAUAAUAACAGCAACAAUAACAACAGUUUCAACUUUAACAAUUGUGACAACAACGAUGAUAACAACAACAUCAACAGCUACAACAGCAAGAAACAUAUGACGGUGGUAACAGCCGAACCAAAAUUAAAUGUGCCUGGCAGGCUGACGUCAGCCGAAUUAAGGGCGAUGGCACUACGUCAACAACAACAAAUCGACUCCCAACAUCAACUGCUGGCCACCAAAGAGCAACGUUUACGCUUUCUGAAACAGCAAGAGGUUCGCAAUGCCGUUGCCAAUGCUGAGGGUGAACGUUUGAGACGUUUGCGGGAGCGCGUCGAGGCCCAAGAAUCCAAAUUGCGUCGUUUACGUGCAUUACGAGGUCAAGUGGACUUACAGAAAACCUAUAAUGUUACCUUAAGCAACGAUUUAGACUCAAUACGUGCCCUUUUCAGUGAAAAGGAAAAAGAACUGAGUUUGGCUGUGGCCAAAGUAGAAGCUUUAACACGGCAGCUGGAAGAUUUGCGGCGCGAUCGAAGAUGUCCCAUAAAUUUAAUAGCAGGUGGCAGUACCACGGGUCAGCCAUUGCCGCCACAGGCCUCCAGAGAAUUGGAAAAGUUACGAAGAGAAUUGAUGUAUCGAAAUCAGCUGUCACUGCAACAAGAUGCACGUCUCCACUUACAGCGUGAAGCCUUACAACAAAGACAAGCCGAAUUAAGAUCAGUCGAUCAGCGAAUUUAUGAACUGCAAACGCGUUUGCAGCGUAAAAAGGCAGCCAAUGUACAAACGAAUCAACAGCAGCAGCAUCAGUCGCAGCAACAACAACAACAACAGUCGCAGCAAGUGCAACAACAUCAGCCACAACAAUCGAAUAUUAGUCCGAAUCAUAUCAUAGCAACCCAACAACAGCAGCAUCAACAACAACAAGUACAACAAAAUCAAGUGCAACAACAACAUACUAAUCAUAUGGCCCCCAAAACCGGGGUAGCUGCCUUAAAACAACAGUUGCUACAAAAACAAGCCAAUCAGGCAGCUGCGGCGGCAGCAGCAGCCGCCGCCAAUGGCAACCAACCGGGCUACAACAACAAAUUUGCCAAUAUCAUUAAUCGGGCAAAUGAUAAUCGCAAUAUACCCCGAGGCAAUGUGGCGGCCGUCGAACCCUAUAUCCAUACCCCACAAAAAUCCACCAUUACACCAACCUCCAGCUACUUGGGUAAUAUCCUGAAACAUGCUGCCGCUACGGCCAAUACCAAUCAACAAAAUCAGCUGAUACAAGAGCAUACCCAUGCAAAACUGAACUUGGCGGCCAGUCAUCCUGUAAGUGGUCAGGCUGGACCACCAGGCCACUUGACUUCGUCGCCGGGUAGCAAUACAAGUCCGAAUUUCUUUAUGGCCGAAAGUGAUGAAUCGAAAUUGGCCAAGAAAAUGUUGACAGCUGCCAUAACCAGCAAACAGCUGCAUAGUUCGGAAGCAGCACCCCAAGUCCAGGUUACCGAACCACCAGCACCACCCCCACCAUCGACCGUUGCCAACAAGGUGGAUACCUCGCAUCAUAUUUAUGCUGAGGUGGGUCCGAAAAAACGUGAUUUGGUCAAGGAGGUCGCGGCCAAUCUGGAAGCCCAAACAGCCAGCUCGGCCGCCAGCUCCCAACCCACAAGUAAAAUUCCCAAAAGCAUUACCACCGCCACAUCUGCCUCAGCUUUAAUUAGCAAACUGAACAAUGCCGCCAGUGGUAGCCACAUACCUCAAAGGGAAAAAUCCGAUUUGGAAAAGAAGGCGGAAAUUUCGGUGACCAGUGAGACACUGCUGGAGAAGAACACCCAUCAGUUGACGGUUCACAGUAUGCCACUGGGUGCGGCCAAUAAAUCGGUGGCCACAGGGGUAUCGAACAGCACAACAUCCUCAGCUACCAGCACCACCACCACAACCAACUCCAGCCACAGCUGCGAAAAUGCCACCCCAAAACCCAAACCCUUGUCAUCGGGCAAUUUAGCAGUACCUCCCCGUAAGCCCAUCAGCAGUGUGGCACCCACAUCGGUUUCUAGCUCCAUACCCAAAAUGAUUACCUACAGUCCAAAAGUUAAUCGGGUAGCACCCAAUGUAGUUACCUCGGAUAGGCCAGCAUUGCCUCCAAAGCCCCACAAGAUGUCAGGAGCAGAGGUCACAGCCCAAGAGCCGAAGAAAUCUCCCACAGAAACCUCUAACUCUGCAACAUCGACAACAACACCCUCAUCCUCAUCUAGUUCCGCCUCUUCAAGCUUGCCCAUACAAAACAUCAACGAUAAUUUACCCAUCAAGGCGAAACCUUUGACAAUACGAAAACAACCUCUAUCCGAACAGCCUCGUCUCAAAUCCUCCACCACCAACAACAACAAAUCAAAUUCCGGCCAACAAAAUUCCCGAAAAUCGGAAAUAAAUUCCAGCAACAAUUAUCUUUACAAUGAAAGAAGAUCCCUGAAUUCUGCCGCCGCCUCGGAAGCGAAUUCGGAAAGCAAUAGUGAAGCCAAUUCCACGCCACAAUAUUCUCCAAAUAUUCCCCAAAACCAAUCGAAUACCCCACAGCAAUCCUCCGCGAAUCACGAUGAACCUGAUCGUUCCGAUGCCAAUAGCGGAAAUCAAAUAACCGAAGAUAAGUCACCCGACAGCCUGAAGCGUCGUCUACGUGGCAUGUCAUCGGGUAACAAUAAUUCGACUCCCGGUAAUGGUAAACCCAAACUAACACGCCGCGUUAGUUUCGACCCCUUGGCCCUGCUACUGGAUGCCAGUCUGGAAGGUGAACUGGAAUUAGUUAAGAAAACUGCCAUGCAAGUUGCCAAUCCCAGUGCAGCCAAUGAUGAGGGUAUUACAGCGCUGCACAAUGCCAUUUGUGCUGGCCAUAUCGAUAUAGUCAAAUUCCUGGUUGAAUUUGGUUGUGAUGUCAAUGCCCAAGAUUCCGAUGGUUGGACACCGCUGCAUUGUGCCGCCAGUUGUAAUAAUUUGGCCAUGGUUAAGUUUCUGGUGGAGAAUGGCGCCUGCUUAUUUGCGGCCACAUUGUCGGAUCAUGAAACACCCGCCGAAAAAUGCGAAGAGGAUGAAGAAGGUUUCGAUGGUUGUUCGGAGUAUUUGUACAGCAUCCAAGAAAAACUUGGCAUACUUCACGGCGGUGAAGUGUAUGCUGUAUUCUCCUACGAAGCACAAAAUAGCGACGAAUUGACAUUUACCGUCAAUGAUCGCCUUAUAAUUUUGAGGAAGGGUGACGAUGCGGAAAGUGAAUGGUGGUGGGCGAAAAAUGAACAAAACGAGGAGGGAUAUGUGCCACGUAAUCUGUUGGGACUCUAUCCCAGAGUGCCACCGCAGACCACAAAUUAUGCUGAUUAGCAGUUAAUACGUUUUUGUGUACUAAAAAAGAAAGCUGGACGUUUAAUACAAAAACGUUACAUAUCAAAGUUUUUGUAAGCAACAACAACAACA